AUGUGGUCAAGUGCGCGCUUCCAACACACAACACAGGCUUGGGCGAAGAAAGAGAGACGAAGGAAAAAUCCUCCUCAGGCGAAAUAUAUAAAACGAGCGGCAAUCAAGGCUAGAAAAGGCAAUGCGGGGGCACGGGGCACAAGAGCAAAAGGUCUCCAAGGGGGUCAGCUAUAUAGUUCCUGUCAAUCCCCCAAAAGACGGACGAAGAGGAAGAUCCAGGAGAAGAAAGAACGAGAAGAAGAGAGAAGGGUGAGCCCCUGGAUCAAGGAGCCAUAUAUUAAGCGCCGUAAAAGAUCUAUUGGGCAUGUGCCAGCACACCGUUUCCAAUGA